AUGAAGACUGAAUUGGAGGCAACACUUAAACAAGCUGCUAAGACUUAUAAACAGUCGAAGAACACUUAUGAGAAGGAAUUGACAAAAUUGAAUGAACAACUUGAUCUUGAAAAAACCACUGCUCAACAGACUAAAGCACAGAAGAAGAAAUUCGCCGAGAAGCUUAGAGAAGUGAUGGAGAACGAAAACGAAUUUGGUGAAUAUAAGGAACAAGCCGAGAAGUCCAUUAACUCAUUGACUGAUCAAAAGGCUGAAUUACAGAAGGAACUUGAGAAGAAGAGAGCAAUGAAACAAAAGCUGACAAAAAAAACUCAAAGACUUAGAGCUAAAGUCACCGAUUCAGAAGCUAAAUUGGCAGAAACUGCUGCUACUGGAGCUUCUAUUGCUAAAUUGAAAGCGAAACAGAAAAGGAAGAAGCACAAGACGCAGCUGCUAAAGCUAAGAAACAAGCUAAACAGUAUACCAGAAAGGUUGAAGAGGCUGAGAGAAAGCUUGUAG